CGGCGGCGGUUGGGCGGGUGGUGGGGGGGGGGAGAGGAAGACAGCGACAUGGCGGCCACGACUAUCGCCACCCAGAGAGGCCCGGUGUUUGUUGGGGAGUUGCCCCAAGACUUCCUUCGGAUUGUGCCAACUCAACAACAGCAUCAAGUUCAACUUGAUGCCCAGGCAGCGCAAGAGUUACAAUAUGGACCAAGCAUGGCCACCAUGGGGAGGCUCAGCAUCACAGUUGUGCAGGCAAAACUCGCAAAGAACUAUGGGAUGACGCGUAUGGACCCAUAUUGCAGAAUACGUCUUGGGUAUGCGGUGUACGAGACACCUACAGCACAUAAUGGAGCAAAAAACCCAAGGUGGAACAAAGUUAUUCAGUGCACUGUGCCUCCUGGUGUUGAUUCAUUUUACUUGGAGAUAUUUGAUGAGCGUGCUUUUUCCAUGGAUGAUAGAAUUGCCUGGACCCACAUAACUAUUCCAGAGUCACUAAAAGAAGGGAAGGUAGUAGAUGAAUGGUACAGUCUCAGUGGAAGGCAAGGUGAUGACAAAGAAGGAAUGAUCAACCUUGUUAUGUCUUAUUCUACAUUGCCGCCAAACAUGUUAGUGCAGCCACAACCAGUAGUGCUCAUGCCCACUGUCUACCAGCAAGGAGUAGGAUAUGUGCCUAUUACAGGGCUUGAGUAUUUUGCUUUGGGAGUGCCAACAGUCUACACACAAGGAAUGAUACCGGUUGCAGCACCAAACCAAGUAUCUGGUCUACAAACACUUUGCAGUGAGGAGGAUCUUAAAUCUAUCCAGGAUAUGUUCCCUAACAUGGACAGAGAGGUGAUCCGCUCAGUGCUGGAAGCACAAAGAGGCAACAAGGAUGCAGCAAUUAAUUCUUUGCUUCAGAUAAAUGAAGAAUCCUAGGAGGAUGUGCAACCACUGAUGUACACAUUGCCAAGGCCUCAUAAUAAUCAACCUAUUUCUGCAUCAAAGACUUUGAGCUCUUGCUGCUGCAGCUGUUUCAUGUUUAAGAAUGCAUGUGUCAGUUAAAUAGUACAUUGUAUAAGGUUUGUAACUAUUAAAAAGCAUUCCAUAUCUGUGUGUGUGUUUGAGUUCAGCCUGUUAAAAGUAUCUUCACUUGCAUUGUGGAUGGUAAUAAUAUACCCAGAAUUUUCCUGCUAUGAGCUUAGUUAACCCAACUCUGUUUUGAAGUAUGUUUGUCUUGCAAUAUUCAGUGAAGAUUGUCCACCAGUCAAGUGCUUUAUCCCAUUGCCCUUUGUUAAAAAGAUAUAUUAUUAAUUGGAGAUAUGCAGUUUGCUUCUAUCUUACACAUUGAGAUUAUUUGUAUUGAAGCAUUAAGCAGCUGUUAUGUCCAAUUUACAAUUAUAAAACCCAAAUAAUGUGGUAUUCCAAUAAUGCACUAUGAGGAAUAUUUAGUAUUGCAUUCUAAAAGUACUAUUUAAGAAUCGAUGUUCUGAAUGGGCACCUUUAAUAAAUUGUGCAACCUUUUGAUGUGAUUAA